AUGGGCGGCACCCCUCAAGCCGCCCCUCGGCACCGAGGAGCCCACGGCAGCAGACCCAAAGAGCCCGAAGCAGAAGCAGCUGAGGUGCGGAGGUCGCCCCCAUUGCUGCCGCCGCCCCGACAGUUAAGCCACCUACUUCGCCAGUGUUCUGAGAGGCAUGUUCACGACGGCCUGAGCCUCUUGCAGGAGGCCGUGAGCGUCAUGGAUUCGUUCGUCAAGGACAUGUUCGAGCACAUCGCCGAGGAGGCCUCUCGUCUGGCCUGCUCCACCAAGCGCUCCACCAUCACCACUAGGGAUAUCCAGACAGCCGUGUGCCUGCUGCUGCUCGGGGAGAUUGGCAAGCACGCUGUGUCCGAGGCCACCAAGGCCGUCAUCAUGUUCAACAGACGCGAAUGA